CAACCCUAUUGGUCUACUUGAUUGGUCAGCUGUUCAGAUGCAAUUGGUAAAUUGUCAAAAUAAAGUGUUGAUGUGAAUUUGGGAUUGUUUUGGUUUUGAGUUAGUUUUUGUAAGUGGAAUAGUGUGCCCAGAAUUCGUUAAAUCUGUACAAAUAUGACGGAUGAAGUAAAGAAAUAUUUCAAUGGGCUACUGCAUAAGGUCAAUGGUCUCUACAUAAUACAAGUUACCGACAGGGAUGGAGUGCCACUCUUGCGAGUAAGUCAGGAUAAGAAUGUGGACUUUGCGCUAAUGCCUUCAUUUAUACCAACUUUUGCGACGGCCAGUGAGCAAGCCGGAAAAUUGGGUUUGGGACGUAACAAAGUAAUUAUAUCGAUGUAUUCGAAUUAUCAGGUGGUGCAAAUGAACAAAUUGCCACUGAUUCUAACUUUUGUAGGAGGCGAGCACUGUAAUACGGGCCAUAUAUUAGCUCUGGAACACCAAUUAGACGCGCACUUAGAGGACAUUAAAUUGGCUGUAAAUGAGGCGUAAUCGAAUUUUACAUUUUCACUUUUCUAAAAGCAUAUAUGUACAUAUAAACAGCACAGACAUUCAAUGUGAAAUAUUUUUCCAUCAGCGUAUAUUGCACUUGAUAUGCUCCGAUUUUCUUAAUUGAUUUUUUUUUAAUAAAAAUCAAAACACA